AACACUGUUCUGCAUGUAAGCCCCUACUAAAAUGCUGCCUUUCGACGAUAUCUAUUUAAAUGGUAGCACGCCGACCUCAUCAUUAAUAGAACUCAGCGAUGACCUUACAGCGCGCAUUCUAUUACGGCUUAAGCCGCGUGAAAUUGCCGCCGUCGCAUUAACAUGUAAACGCCUGGCAACAGUCUGUGCAGACGACGCUCGCAUAUGGCAGCCUCUUUGUAAUUCUGUAUGGGCGACGUGCACAAAUCCCAGUAACUGGUUGCUCCGGGAAGACACAGCUGGAGCUUCAAUCCCAGGGACAUCUAUUGGAUACGAAGACGACGAUGAAGACGGUCCGCCGCCCACCACGUAUAGGUCCGUCUUCGCCGCCUUGCGCCGCAUGCAGCCCCUCAUCGGCCUCUGGCGGGGAGUGGGCGACUCGCCCGCCGGCUCCCUCUUCCGUGUGGCCUGGGGGCCGGGCGGCGCGGGGCAUGUGGAGGUGGCGGCGCUGGUGCCCCAACGCCGUCGUAGCAGCGACGGCGACGGAGGUGGUGGCAAUGGCGGCGCCUCAGCAGCAGCUGCUGCGGUGCCGGUGCUGGUGGCGGAGGCGCGGGCGCGUGUGGGUCCGGGUGGGGGCGCACCGGGACUGUCGUUGCAGCUGGUGGAUGAGUCCAUGGCCCUGCUGAAGGGCCGCAAUACGGGCGGGCGCAGAGGGCCGGGGGGCGGGGGCGGCUUCGGAGGCGGCGGCCGGGGGCCUUCCGCCGCCGCCCUGGCAGCAGCAGCGGUGGCGACGGGCGCAUGCAGCAGCAGUCGCGAGGGGCGGCUGUACGGCAGCAGCCCUCCUCCCGCUGGGGGUGCGGGUGCCGGGGGAGGGGGCGGCAUUUCCUCCUCCCCCUCGUUUGAGCUGGAGAUGCUGAGGUUCAUGGACGCAAGCAUUGCUGGAAGCAGAUCCGGCAGCCGCAAGGCCCGGGGUCGCUGCGGCUCCCCCUCCCCGCACCUGCCGCUGGGCCCUGGGCAGGGCAGCUGGUCGCGGCCCCCCGCCGCCAUCCUGCAGCACCUGGUGCGGCUCAAGGUGGCGGCGCCCUCCAGACAGCGGCCGCUAGGGGGCAUGUGGACGGGUGUGUACGGCGUGCAUGGGUUGGAGGUCGUAUCCCUGUCGUACGAGGGAUCUGGAUCUCGCAGCCGCAUCGUCGCCACUAAGAUCACGGGCGACCGGAACGUGCCCGCCGGUCAAACAACCUUUUGGGCGGAAGCCGAGCCGCUGCCUCAGCCCUGGCCCCCCAGUGAAGUCGAGCUGAUCACAAACCGCCCCUACUACUUAGAGAACCCGCCAGCGCGACCUCCGCCCGGCGUGAUGGUCGCCCCGGUGUGGGCUGUGCCGCCGGGGCCGGGAGUAGCGGCCGCGGAGGGAGCGGCAGCAGGGGCAGCAGCAGCAGCGGCGGCGGCGGCGGGUGCUCCUGUGGACGAGUUGGGAGAGCCCGAGGCAGCUCAGCUGGCGGUGGUGGCGGCGGCGGCGGCCGCAGCGGGUCCAGUGGACCUAUGGGAGGUGUUGGGUACGACAGGAACACCGGCGGCGGCGGCGGUGGUGCAGAGGUCUCCGCCGUUGCGUGUGGUUGCGGUGUAUAAGGGGCAGGGGCGAGUGGCGGGGCCGGGAUUCAGCAAACCCUCGUGGAUCGAGGGGCGGCUGUGGGUGUACGACAAUGGAUCCAUUGGGUUCCUGUGGCGGGGCGAGUUUGACGUGUUGGUGGAUCUGGAGCGCAUGAGUCCGCAGCUGACGGGGCCAAAGGCGUAGUCGUUUUGGUAAAGGGAUCCAGGCUUUUGUCCUUUACAACGUCAGGGCCAGCUGUUUAUAAUGCGUGCUGGAAUGUUGCUGGACGUCAUUACGUUGCUAAAGCAGUCUGAUUGUCCCAUUGGGCGGGCAACAGUUAUGCCUGUAUGGACAAAUCUCUUGACACCUGGGGCGCACAGCCAAUCUCAAAACACCGGUGGUACGUGUACAUAACUGUACUCACUGUACUCAACUGGCUGGCGAGACUUGGAACCCUGGGCUGUGAACAUGAAUACCUAGCUUGCAGUCGUCGGUGUGGUGGUGGUGGCCCCCGGCGGGCACCGAUGACGGGUCUCAGGGACGGUGGGGAGCAGGCACGCAAAUGG